AUGGACCGUGCAACUCAUAUUAUUGACCCGAACGGCGAGGUUAUCAUAAUAUUGAGAAGCCCAAAUGCUCCUUUUGCAGACAUGAGUGAAGUAGAAGAGCCUGCCGCUGAAGAACCCACUACCGAAGGGCUUGCUGCCGAAGGGCCUGCUGCCGAAGGAUCCGCUGCCGAAGAACGCGUUGAUGCACCCGUUGAUAGACACACAGAAGAGCCUGCCCAUGAAUUUGCUAAAGAAUCUGAUUCCGAAAGAGCGGGACAGCCGGAGGAAAAUUGCAUCCACAUCCAAGUAUCCGCGAAGCAUUUAAUACUCGCCUCAUCAGUUUUUAAAAAGAUACUCACUGGUAGUUGGAAAGAAGGCAUCGCUUAUCUACAAGAAGGCUCAGUUGAAAUCACUGCACAAGGCUGGAAUACCGAGGCCCUCUUGGUUAUGCUUCGCAUUAUACAUUGCCAGUCCUAUGACGUACCUCGAAAACUUACACUUGAGAUGCUCGCGAAAAUUGCUGUUUUGGCCGACUACUACGAUUGUAGGGAAGCUAUUGAUCUUGUAGUGUCUACAUGGAUCAACAGCUUAGAUGAAACUAUCCCCUCAACAUAUUCUAGGAACCUGAUACUCUGGUUAUGGGUUGCCUGGUAUUUCCGCCUCCCUACAGAAUUCGAAAAAGUUACCGCAAUCGCCAUGUCACAGAGUAACGACUGGGUUGAGAAUCUCGGGCUCCCAAUUCCCGAUGAUAUCAUAAGUAUGGGCACACGAAUCCUCAAAUAUGCUUAG